AUGUUCAAAAAAGACCCACAACCAAAGCCAUCAUCUAACAUCAAAUCUUCGGAGAGACGUGCUCUUUUGACAAGCAUUUGCAAGGAAUAUAGCAUUACCAAGGAAGAUUUGUCCAAAGAGACAGAGUUAUCGAUUCUACCCAUCACAAUCAAACAAGCUAGCUUCCAAAGUGUUCAAGGACAUAAGGGCACAAUCUAUUUUGAUGAGAAGGAAAAGCCAUUAUGGUUUAAAACAAGAGAUUCUCAAUUGUACCCUUCAAUAUACACAUUAUGGCAAUGUGGAGGGCUUCUCCCGAUCAUUCUCACGAACGAUCAUGUUAUCGACAAGUUGUCAUCUCAUGCAAAUCUCAUGUUGCCUGGUUCAAUUCCGCCGUUUGACUCGAGAGCUACUAAAAAUGCCUUGGUAGGUAUCGCUAGUUACAAAACGCCAACUGUUGUUCAAGCCAUCGGUCAUUGCUUUCUCAACUUGACCCAAUUUGACGACGUAGUUGGUCGUCAAGGCACAGCGGUCACUGUGCUCCAUGUCAUUGAAGAUGAACUCUUCAAUCUAUACGAUUCAGACAUUGAAAUACCAGUUGAAGUGGCGCCAUAUAUUCCUACUGCUUAUGAUGGCUUGAACAAGACCCUUCGAGCUUUAUAUGGUGAAGACGAUGUCGACGACGAAAAUGAAAAUGAAAAUGAAGUGGAAGGGGAAGAUUCUGAGAGGUGUGAUACGCAAAGCGAAGUUAUGAUAGAGAUUUCAGGUCAAGAGCAGAAGGCUUCUGAUCAGACUUCUGCUCAUGAGCGAGAAUUGAACGGUGAUUCAAGCGUGGAAAAUGUUUCAGAGGCAUUGUCUCAUUUAAGCGUUGAGGAUAUUGACAACUUUUUCUUCCGUUCUUUUAUCCAGCUGGUAAAACUCAAUCCACUGAUCGAGCUCCCACUUUCUGCAUCUCAAUUCAUGGGGCAAUACAUCCUCAAAAAUCUUCCUAAGAUGGAUGUUAAGUAUUGUAAUAUCAAGAAGACCUCUUGGAAGAAGAGCGCCAAAUUUCUCAAGUCUUUGGAGAAACAAAAGCUACUUCAACUUAAGGGUAAAGGUGAUGAUGUGAGUGUGGUCAGUAUCAGUGUACCAAAGGAAACUGUCGACAAUUUUGUCACACAUAAGGUAAAUGCGACGAAUAAGAACUCUUCUACGACAGGUAGUAAAAGUGAUGCAGCCAAUAAGCUUUCCGUCGUUUUACUUUAUAAACCAACAAAUAAAUCAAGAAUGAUAUAUAACAAAGUUGACAAGAGUUACCAGAAGCUAUACACUCAAGUCGAGCUUAAAGAGAUAAUCGGUGAAUACAUCAACAUCGCAGGAUUAGUUGACAAACAAAACCCCAAAUUCUUGAUUUUAGACGAGCAUAUUAAAUCGGCGACUGGUAUUAAAGAAGAAAAGGUCACUAGGGACAAGAUUCUUCAACCUUUUACAGCGAGUCAUUCUCCUCAUUACACAAUCUUGAAGCCAGGAGACAAAACAAUUGACCUGAAGAUGGUACACAAGGGCACCCCGCCAAAGGUGAAGAUUUUGACGCAAACUGUUUUGGGAAGAAAAACAGUAACAACGGUGGUCAAUUUCGAGCCUUUCCUUAUCAAAGCUGCGACAUUGGCAGAGGAUCUCAAAAAUAAGUGCUCGGGUUCAACCUCGGUGGGGAAUUCUAUUCACAAUCCGAACCUAACGGAGGUUAUGGUACAAGGACCACAUGGAUCCACAGUCGAACGGUAUUUAAAGGAAAAGGGGGUACCGUCAUCAUAUAUCGAGGUGGAAGAUAAAAGCAAAAGAAGGAAGAAACGUUGA